AUUGGCAGCGCAUCGGAACCGCCAUCUGAUUGCACCCGGCUUCCGUACCGGAAGUCUCGUCCGGGAGUCUUUUGUCUUCCCGCGGUGCGAGGGCCCGGACAUUGGUUCCGCCGGCCAUGGCCUUCCGUAAAGCGUUCCAGGUGGCGGCCUGCGGUCUCGCUGGCACCGCCGCCUUGGUGGUGGCUGCGGCCGCCUCACAGCGACGUGGUGACAGCGGCGUGAAAGCGGCGACCGUCAGCUGGAGCCCUGCCACCGGAGGCUGGGACUCCAACUGGGACAAACGUGAGCCGAUUUCUCUUAUUAAACCAAACCAAAGAAAUAAGGAGGCUUCUGAGGACUUCAGCGCACAGCUAGAAAACUACAAGGUCAAAGCCACAAGGCACAUCUUCCUCAUCAGACAUUCCCAGUACGAACUGUCGGCCUCGACAGACAAGGACAGAGUCCUGACAUCACUGGGCCGCGAACAAGCCGAACUGACGGGCCAGCGGCUGGCGAGUCUGGGUUUGAACUAUGACAUCUUGAUUCACUCAAGUAUGACCAGGGCUAAAGAGACAGCGGCGAUUAUUCGUAAACAUUUACCAGGUGUGGAGGUGAUGAGCUGUGACUUGCUGAGAGAGGGCGCGCCGAUUGAACCCGACCCACCUGUCGGCCACUGGAAACCAGAGGCAAUGUAUCAUGAAGAUGGUGCGAGGAUUGAAGCUGCCUUCCGUCGCUAUAUCCACAGAGCUGACUUGAAGCAACAGAACGACAGUUAUGAGAUCAUUGUCUGUCACGCAAAUGUAAUCCGCUACUUCGUUUGCAGAGCGUUGCAGUUCCCUCCAGAGGGGUGGCUGAGAAUGUGUCUCAACAACGGCAGCAUCACCUGGCUCACCAUUCGGCCCAACGGAAGGGUGGCACUUCGAACAUUGGGGGAUACGGGUUUCAUGCCUCCCGACAAAUUAACCCGUUAAAAGAAACUGUUGGGGUGGGGGAGGAAACAUGCAUGCCUACAGUGCAGAAUAUUUGCCUCGUACUUGAAAUUAUGUUUGUGGCUGUUCUGUCGACUUGCAGCAAUAUUUACAGAUCUUUAUUUUUGUUUUCAGUUUUUAAUUCACAUUUUAGAAUCAUAUUCUACCAGCGAAAGGGCGUGAGAUAUAAUCACUGUUGUUCCAUGUCAGCUGAAAAUUGACGUAGUGAAUGUGUUUGAUUUGGUCAUCUCCUGUAACCUUGUUUAUAGAAAUAUAUGGGCCUUGUGGUAUCUGAAUAUUACCACCAAUGUUUUUUUUAAAAAGUAAAAAAUUUUUCCUAAAACACCUGUUCCCCUCUAGUCCAAUUCAAUUAAUCAGUGAGAAGUGUUAACCUAGGGCAAAGCUGGACUUGAGGAAGGGACUUGCUGUUUCUCAUGUUUAAUGUUACUGCAGGUGUCAGGUGGGAUUUCUUGUAAUCCUGUAGCAGUAGUGGAGCAGACAGCACUACUGAACCAUCCCCAAGGCUCACAUGUUAAAAGCCAUGAAAAACAUAGAUAGCACGUAAAAUACUGCCUGUUACGCCACUGGUAUUUAAGGCAGCAAUGAAGUCCUCCGUCUCUGGCCGUAUUCAGGGCUUCCUUCAUCAUGGCAGUGGUUUCCUCUCAGUUGACACUGCUGUCAGUCAUGCAAGUCCCGGGUGGAGACUCAGGAAUACCGUCACUCAGAUGUAGGAUGAUUCUUCAUUGCUGUUUCUGUAGCAACCCAGACAGGGUUGUUAGCCCUUACUCUGGCCUCUACCCUUUGACCUGUUAGGCUGUCCGGGUCACUGAGGCACAAACCCUAUGACAAGGUUGUGGUCCUCUUGGAGGCUGUAAAAUACAGCACCUUUAUAAUCCAAAGGGCUUCAUAACUACUUUAACAAUAAUUGUUAUCAAUAUGCAAGGCCUAAGCCCUUGGUCAGGAUGAUGUUGGGUGUGAAUCCAAGCUAUAAUCAACGAGUUAUCAGUGUUUACUACCUGGUGAUUGCAUUUGAAGCUUGUAUCAUGUCACUGCAUUAAGCAGUUUACCUGAUUGUCACUUCAUUCCCAGUACAAUAUUCAAAUGCUGAAUACAG